AUGCUUCUGUUCGACGGAUACUUGAUACAUGUUGAGAAAUCCUAUCUAGAUCAACAUGAUAAUGUUGUUCUUGAAUAUCUUCGAUUACUGCCUGGUGAUAAAUUUCGAAUGAUCAUUGUACAUAACACACCACACAACGAGCAACGGCAAUGUACAUCAACAAUCAAUAAAAUAUUUGCUGAAGACGAUCAAGGCACCGAUAAACUACACGUUUCUCUAUUACCAAAACUUGCUAGUGCAAACGAUCGAGAAAUUCAAUUUAUCAUCGAAGAACUACGUGAAGAGAUACAGGCAAAAAUGGAGGCCAAUACAAGCGAACGCAAUGACAAAGAACAGAUCAAAUCUAAUAUCCGUAAACUGCUCAAAACCGAUUAUGUUCAAUAUUUGAAAGACAUGGAUGCGAUUGCAUGGACAACAACAUAG